UAGCCUAAGUUAGAUUGUUUGAACCUAGGUCCUAGAAUCGAUAGCAUAAGUUCAGUUUAUCUAAACUGUGGCAUAUCUGAUAAGUAAACAAAUUAAUUACUGAGUUUCAAGAAAAUGGAAAGUCUAUAAGAAGUAUUUAAAUCAUAAUGUCCAUGCUUGCAGAGAAGAAGAAACGUGAAAAGUGGUGUUUAAAUCCACGUGGUAAAGCUUGGAGUGAAGAUCAGAACAAGUUUGGACAGCGUCUGAUGGAGAAGAUGGGAUGGAAAGCAGGCGAAGGCCUAGGAGCAAACCAGCAGGGUAUCACAGACAUAGUCAAAACGAGAGUGAAAAACGACAGUAAAGGUUUGGGAUUUAAGGAGAACGGGGAGGAGUGGAUGAAGACGACGAGUGAAUACGACUCCCUACUUGAGAAACUUGCCAGCAGCAAUGGAGAGGAAGGGAAAGAGAGUCAAACUGCUGCGCCCGUCUCCCUUGAGGAUCGCUCCAAGAAGUCUAGAGCUCGUAUCCAUUACCACAAGUUUACAAGAGGAAAGGACGUAAGUCGUUAUUCAGAAAAGGACUUGGCUUCCAUAUUAGGACCUGAAGUAGUAAAAGUGAAAAGUGAACAAAAGACCUCUGCUGAUUAUACCCAAAACCAAAUAAAUAAAGGGAGCCUAGAAGAAUACUUUAGCAAAAAGUUAAAGUCGAAAGAGAAAAAUUGUGAUAAAAACAUUGAGGAUGACAAAUGCAACGACGGUGAAGAUAAUGGGAUUGAUUCAAAAAAUAAUUUAGAGUCAGACCCUCCUGUCCCACAUAAAAAGAAGAAGAGGAAGAAUGGCAGCGUUGAAGAUAACCUGGUGGAAAACUCAAAGGAAGAUAAUAUAUGCAACGAUGAUAGAGAAACUGUGAUAGAUUCUAAAGAUAAUUUAGAGUCAGACCCUCCUGUUCCACCAAAAAAGAAAAAGAGGAAGAAAACCGGAGUUGAAGAUAACCUGGCAGAAAACUCAAAGGAAGUUAAUGUAUGCAACAAUGAUAAAGAAAGUUUGAUGGACUCAAAAGAUAAUUUAGAGUCAGACCCACUUAAAAAGAAGAAGAGAAAGAAAACCAGUGCCGAAGACGACCAGGCAGAAGAAAAAUCAAGUGUAAACUGUGAUGAAGAUAUACCAAAAAAGAAAAGGCAUAACGUGAAAGCAGAAGAAGAAAAGACAACAAAAUAUGAAGAGUCCUCUAAUGUCAGUAACCUUGUUUCUGAACAGAGUCUAGCUGAUGAAACUGAAACCACAAAGAAGAAGAAGAAGAAAUCCAAAGUUAAACUUGAAGAGGCAGAGGUACAACAAACAGAACUUAUUAGUGAGUGUAUGAACAAUGAAUUUGUAAAUGCUGAAGAUACUGUUUCACAAAAAAAGAAAAAGUCUAAAAACAAAAGUGAAAAAUUAAUGUUAGACUCAUCAGAAGUUAUAACUGAAGAUGAUGUAAAACCAUCAAACAUCAAUGUUGCUGCAUCUGAUACUACUGAAGUUGUACUAAAGAAGAAGAAGAAAUCAAAAGAAGUUUACCAAGAACAGGAAGAAGAGCCUUUGCUGAACGUAUCGGUAAAAAAAGAGAAAAAUAAACCACCAAAAACAGAUCAAUCUGAAGAAGAAACUGCGCAAGGAAUUAAACAGGUAGCUUCGUCUAAAAAGGCGGAAGAUUGUAUUGAAGUUCUUGGCCGUAAAACUCGAUUGAAAAAGAUAAACAAUCCAUGUAAAACAGCAACCAAUGACUCUUAUCAAACUGAAGAGUUCAUGUGUUUUUCCACAAUGAAUGUUUCUCAGACUGCAGCUGAAAAAGAUGUUAAUAAAAACUCAAUACCUAUGGCAAAACCAGAUGCUAGUAUGGAAGGAAAGACCAAUAUGAAAAUGACAAAGCAAAGCAAAAAUCCUCAAAUUAUAGAGAAAGUUAUGGAAACAAAAUCUAAAGCUAUGUAUAAAACGAAAACAGACACGGUUGAGGAUUCUAACGUUAUGAAAUGUUACGAAAACCCAAAUUCUGAGGAGGCCAAUGUACCAAAACAUGUUGUGGCCUACGAGUACAGGCUUGUUGUAGCACGACUGAAACAUCUGGAAAUAUCACCACCAAAAGUGAAAAUUACUAUAGAAGAAGAAAAAAACCUUAAUCCAACAAUAAUCAGGAAACUAAGACAAAUAGGAAAAAUUAAACAGUUUAAAACCUUAUUGGCAGCCAAAGAUAAGACUGAAAUAGAAACUUUGGUGUCAAAAUUUUAUGAGAAUUUAAAACCAAAAAUUGAAAUGAUGACAUCAUUGGGUGAAUUAGAAGAAAAAGUAUAUAAGAUUGCUAAAAACUUGGAAGGGAACUUAAAUCCCACAGAAAAUGAAAAUGUGUCUACUAUUGCCAAAGAAGAAUUGCCAGAGAAUGUUGAUUCAUUGAAAAGUCAAUUACAAAAACUUGAAAACCUUUUUAGUCGUUACAGAACAAACAAUGAUGAAUCGAAUACUUCUAAAGAUAAUACCAAUAAGGAGGGUUCAGAUGCAGACGAUACGGCAGGAGAAACCGAUUGUAUGUGGUUGAAGAAAGCAGAGAAGAGACUUGAAACUUUGAAAGAGAACCAGAAACUGUUGUCCGAGGGCAAAAUACCACCCAAUUUAACUCUUAGUGUAGAGCCUAAAAAAGUUCCCAAAAAGAAAAAAAAAGUAUUUGUCAAAGUAGUUAAAAAACCUAAAAAACAGUACAAUGAAAAACACGAUUUCAAAAAUACAAGCUACUCCAGAGGGAGAGUUGCACAUAACGUCAGGAACCAAAGAGGUAGAGGUGGAAUUAAGGGGGUACAAAGUGCAAUUCCACACGGGGGUUGGGGAGUCCUCAAGUCUUUUGGAACAGACGGGCAGGAACUUCCAAAUCGAGGUCAGAACACAGGAGGGUCUGGAGGCGAAGGGUACGGAGGAGGCUUUUUCGAUGAAAGUAUGUGGAGAGGAAGAGGAACUGGUAGAGGUGUUAUGGGGCGAGGAAGGGGUGAUUUUGUUGGACGAGGAAGGGGUCAUUUUAUGGGGCGAGGGGGAGGCUUCAUGGGACCAUGGGGAGGUAAUUUCAUGGGAGGAAGAGGUAAUUUCAUGGGAGGAAGAGGUAAUUUUGUAGGACAAGGGGGAAGUAAUUUCAUGGGGCGAGGAAGGGGUGCAUUCAGGGGCCGAGGAAGAGGGGAUGUAAGAGGAAGGGGGAGAAUAUCACAAAACAACUUCGAAGCAAAACUGUACGCUGAAAAAUGUAAGGAGCUUAACAAAGUACCAGAAGUUUGUUUCAAUGGUGUGAACUUGAAGCUCAUAUCUGGUUAUGCUGCCAAUGUAACUCCCACUAAAACCACUGUGCUUAGCAACACUGAAUCCAAAUCAAGUGGAAGUCAACCUGUCAUUUCCAAUUCGGUCACAAAACCGGGAGCAUCGUAGCAAAAAAGAAAAAAAAUAGUUUGUUCAAAAAUUUUGUUGAAAAGAAUUAGCUAGGCCUAUAUAAAUUAUUAAUAAUUUUCAUCUUUGAUAUUUUUUAAUGUUACAGUAAAACCAUAUGAAAUCAGUCAUUUUUAUGCAUCUUAAAUGCAACGCAAAACAUUUGUUAUAAAAUACCUUUACUUAGGUACGGUACCAAAAAAUACUGCAAAAAUUUCAAUGCUAUACAGGGUGAUCAACUCAAGGGGGCCACCAUUGGGAUAUCGGAAACGGUAAUAAUUAGAGAAAACUUUAAAUGGGGGACAUUCCUUUAUUUUUUGUUGCAAUUAAAAAUAUGAAUUUUUAGUUUUUUUUAAUUCAGGCGCCAUUUUCCAAUAUGGUGGCCAACUGUACAAUUUCUUAUGGAACACCCUAUAUUUGAUCCUGUUUACGGAUAGAGCAUACAAUUUAAAAACUUUUUUAUUCUUGGCAUAAUUUUCAUAAACCCACUUGUUUGGGAGUUACAGCCUAUGAAAUAAACGGUAUCAGCAUUGUGACACAUACUUUCUCCCAUAAGUUUGUCAACAACCUUUAUCAUGUGUAAGCGGUGAGAGUAAAUAUACGGAAAUGGGAUUUGUACAAUUUUGUUCAGAAUUUAAGGACUACACAUACUACACAUACUAACAUACUAAUUUUUUAUCAAAAUCGUUCGAGCCAUUUUUGGGGAAAAACCAGGUUUUUAUGGGAAAAAAACAUAAUUUACAAUCACUUUUGAACCCUAAUUUUUUAAGAAAUAGGAUUUGUACUAUUUUGUUCAGAAUAUAAAGGACUAUGACAUACUAAAUUUUUAUAAA